AUCAACAUGUCGCAGGAAUUUGUGCAAUGAUUUGAGUGUUGCGCAAGGGUAUGCAACUUUGUGAACGUCAAACUGCGAAUUGCGUCACUGUCUCAUAAAACUUAACCUACCCACGCCGAACAACCUUCAAGUAUUUUUGUUGAUAUUUUGAGACACAAGAAAAUGUCUUCUCCUUGGCGAGCAGUUCAGCCAGUAUCUGCUCCAAUGAGUUUAAUCGAGAUAGAAUCUGAACAAUUGGCUCAAGAACUGCAAGAACGAGAAAUUCAAAGACACACAGACCUUGCACUUCCCGAACCAAAUCCAGCAGACUGUGAACUCUUUGAGUUGGAUGGUACUGAUAGUGAUGAAGUUAUUGCACAUAUGCUUCAGGCACAGUACAAUCGAGAGCAUGAUCUUGAACUAAAGCGUAUAGAAGAUAAAUUUAAUGGAGAGUCGAAAGUGGGCGUUUCAUAUUUGAAGUUUCGAGCAUCUUCCGAUACUGAAUUAGAGGAUAAAAAACCAGAUGUAGAUGAGACAAGACGUGAUUUUGAUCGAUUUGUGAGCGUUGAAAAGGAAUAUGCUUCAAUGCCAAGGUGUGGUUACAAGAAGGUUGGCAAAGAUUCGAAGAUUGUAACUAAACAUGAUAUGUUAAUGUCUUCAAGAAUAAAUGCUUGUCGUGUCCUGCAAUUUCCACCAGGUAUUUGUACAGGUGAUACAGGAAGCUUUGAUGUCAAAUUAAACAACAAAGUGUUCAAUUCACUUCGAGCUCAUAGUCAGGCCCAUUGCUCUCGCGAGAGAGCCAAAGCUAGGCCAACUAAUAAUAAAUGAUGAAAUAACUAAAUAUAUAUAAUGUUGUUCCUAAUAAUAAAUAUCAACACACUGUUAUGAAUAGAAUUUUCUGAAAAUUAUGGGCAUGGUUUUUACACAAAUUUAACAUCUAAUUCGUUAGUCCUUAACCUUAUCCUUAUUAUAUUGCCGUUACACAUAAAUUAUAUCAACAACAGAAUAUGUUUAAUAAUUACAAUUUUGAUCAUAAGACAGUAAAUUGGAAACCAAUUGUGUUGAUUGAAAUAUACUAGAAUUAAUAACUUAUACUGGUUCAAAUCAACGUGAUAAAAAAAAUGUAUACAUAUGCCUAUAGAACAGCAAUUUCAAGUGUUUGAACAUUGCAACACGUAUUGUACACACUCCACGUUAACUUGUAUAAUAAUAUACAGAUUUCAGAAUGAAAAA